AUGGACGACAUCUUGCUUCCGAUUAUUUACGAGUAUUACAGCAGUUUCCAUGUCCAACACUACUCGUCGAGCUACGAUCACAGUCGAUAUAACGCGACGGCUCGCGGCGUGGAGACUCGUGGUCAACGAAUCGAUCCGAUAUCGCGAGAACAGCAACUCAUGUCUUAUCUUCCUUCGGAACAAUGGCCUCGAGUCUGGGAGUCGAUCUUGAUCGCGGUUCAACGGCCGGCAUUUCGACAGUUUCGUGAUGUCACGAUUCUGUUACAAGCGAAAAAUUUGAAAGUUUUGACCAAGGAUACGACGUGGGAGCGAAUGAUGACGCGAUUCUCUCAGUAUUGGUUCGGUGCGGUGAAUGAGGAGUACGUCACGUCGAACUUUUAUUUUGAUAUGGCCACGGAAAUAUGUCCUACCCAAGCUUCUCGUGUGGCUUCAUCGAUACGCGUGCCCGAUACGCAAGCCGAAUUGGACGAUCAUCGAGACCACUCUGAGACUCUUCUCUGGAAGCGAUGUUGUUUGGAGAACUGGAAAUCAUGGAUCCAGCAGGGUCCGGCCCAAGAUUCGACUGGAAAGGAAGUGUUUUAUCCUCUCAGUAUACUUCAGGACAGUGGAAGUCUAACCGUCGAGACGAGCCCUCGUUCUUGGCUUCGUGCUGGUGGUCUCCUCUUCAGCCAGCGCUACCCGAGCGUGAAGGAGAUUUUUGCGGCGGGUCACAUAUAUCCGUUCUCCAAUACGGCGAUUGAGACGUUGGCCUUGGACAAGAGUCUCCAACGGACGUGGGAGUUGGUUGGAGGAGGACUAAGUCACAAUCCCACCGCUCUCAUGAAGGCUUAUUUGUACACCAAGCUUCGUUGUCACUUCGGGUUACGCGGGUCCGUCCGGAAGUCGUUCGGAGUUCGGACGGAGUAUCGAGUUUCUCGAGAACUUUUCGAGGCCAUUGAUCGACAAUUUCGUCUUCGACCGCAACAUCAUCGACUCUUGACGUGCUCGUCCGGCGCUCACGCUCCCUACUACCGCUUCACGACGACGACUCUAAUUCGCUGGCUUCGAUGGAACAUCAACAAGUUUUGUGUCGGGUUCGAAAUGGUGCACAGCUUUCAAGAUGCCCAUUUCGUCACAUGGGAGCAUACGCGUAUGAUGCUCGCCUUUCUUCGGUGCCUUCAAUUCUCGUGUCCGAGCGGGCUGAUUCAGAAAGUGGGUGGAUGUUGGCACGACGUGCGAUUUCGACCGGACUCCCGACAGACGGACGGUCUUCAACGGGUGGAGGGGUUGGGAUUUCGACGAACCAUGGAAGAAUUUGGCUAUGGGUGGUUUCUCGACAAAAUUGACUGGGUGACGUUGACCUUUCGACCGCCUCAUGCGGCUCAUAUGAUGUUCAACAACCCAUCGAUGCAGGCGGCGUAUCAUGCCCGCUACGGCCAAGUCCGCGACGUGCGCCUGGACUUUAUUCGGAUGGGACGACAAGCCAUAUCGGAUGCUCUUUCGACAAAGCUAUUACGCCGUGACGGCGGCUCGAGGUCAAGCUCGUGCUCGAACGUGGCGACAGGAGCUCAAAAAGUCAUUCAUUCGGAGUCACUGGAUGAUGCCAUAUCCUCAAAAGAACGGAUUUAUGCGGAAAGAUAA